GACGCGUGAGGCAUUGUGGGUCGCCGCGCUCCUGCUGCCGCCUCAGCUGUACGCGCCUCGCCAUGUCGGGGUCCCCUGUAAAACGCCAGAGGAUGGAGUCCGCUCUGGACCAGCUCAAACAGUUCACCACCGUGGUGGCCGACACGGGUGACUUCAAUGCCAUUGAUGAGUACAAGCCCCAAGAUGCCACCACCAACCCAUCCUUGAUCCUGGCUGCAGCCCAGAUGCCUGCCUACCAAGAGCUGGUGGAAGAGGCCAUUGCCUACGGCAAGAAGCUGGGUGGGCCACAAGAGGAGCAGAUUAAAAAUGCUAUUGAUAAACUUUUUGUGCUGUUUGGAGCAGAAAUACUAAAGAAGAUUCCAGGCCGUGUAUCCACAGAAGUAGAUGCAAGGCUUUCCUUUGAUAAGGAUGCAAUGGUAGCCCGAGCCAAGCGUCUCAUUGAGCUUUACAAAGAAGCUGGGAUCAGCAAGGACAGAAUUCUCAUCAAGUUGUCCUCAACCUGGGAGGGAAUUCAGGCUGGAAAGGAGCUGGAGGAGCAGCAUGGCAUCCAUUGCAACAUGACGCUGCUUUUCUCCUUUGCCCAGGCUGUGGCCUGUGCCGAGGCGGGUGUGACGCUCAUCUCUCCCUUUGUGGGGCGGAUCCUUGACUGGCAUGUGGCAAACACAGACAAGAAGUCCUAUGAACCCCAGGAGGACCCUGGCGUAAAGAGUGUCACCAAAAUCUACAACUACUACAAGAAGUUUGACUACAAAACCAUUGUCAUGGGCGCCUCCUUCCGUAACAUUGGUGAGAUCAAAGCGCUGGCAGGCUGCGAUUUCCUCACCAUCUCACCCAAGCUCCUGGGGGAGCUGCUCAAGGAUAAUACCAAGCUGGCACCUGUGCUUUCCGUCAAAGCGGCCCAGACCAGUGACUUGGAGAAGAUACAUCUGGACGAGAAGGCCUUCCGUUGGCUGCACAAUGAGGACCAAAUGGCUGUGGAGAAGCUCUCCGAUGGGAUCCGAAAGUUUGCUGCUGAUGCCAUAAAGUUAGAGCGGAUGCUCACGGAACGAAUGUUCAGCGCUGAGAAUGGAAAGUAGCACAGCCUCGAGGCUGGACCCCAGACCUGCACUGCCUUUGAGCUGGCUCCAUUGCACAUGGCUUGUGAUGAAUCUUGCAUUUUUUAGUGAUUGGAGAAGGGAUGGAUCAUAGGCUUCUGAUUUUAUGUGAAAUUUUGUCUAAUUCAUUAAAGCAGUCGCUUUUCCUA